AUCUGUGAGUGUCGGAGUUUACGUUGUUUAAAUUUUGGAGUAGUGUACGCUGCUGUUAUUCACGUUUCUAGGCUGAUCCACUUGAAGGGAAAAUCAGUUGUUGUUGUUAAGAAACUUAACAUGUAUGGAACGCAGCCCGGCUCUCGGUUGUAGGUGUAGCUCGAGACGUAUUGAACGCAGCCGCAGCUUGUCUGGUUCCUGUCUCCGUCAUACAUCGGGGCUCCCUGGACGAGACAGGAUUUGCUAGCUUAGCAAACUUUGAAACAAAGUUAGCCUGUAUAGUUAGCUUAUUUUAAACACAGAAGAGAAACGCCACGUUAACAGGGGUGAACAAAAUGCCUGCAGUGUCUAAAGGGGAUGGGAUGCGUGGCCUGGCCGUGUUCAUCUCUGACAUCAGAAAUUGUAAAAGUAAAGAGGCAGAAAUUAAGAGGAUAAACAAAGAACUGGCCAAUAUCCGUUCCAAAUUUAAAGGAGACAAGGCUCUAGAUGGCUACAGUAAAAAAAAGUAUGUCUGCAAGCUGCUCUUUAUCUUUCUUCUGGGCCAUGACAUUGACUUUGGACACAUGGAGGCUGUCAACCUCCUCAGCUCCAACAAGUACACAGAAAAACAGAUUGGUUACCUGUUCAUCUCGGUGCUGGUGAACUCUAACAGCGACCUGAUCCGUCUAAUUAACAACGCCAUUAAGAAUGACCUGGCCAGCCGCAACCCAACCUUCAUGAACUUGGCCUUGCACUGCAUUGCUAAUGUGGGCAGCAGAGAAAUGGCUGAAGCUUUUGCUUCUGAAAUUCCCCGCAUCUUAGUGGCAGGGGACACCAUGGACAGUGUGAAGCAAAGUGCAGCACUAUGCCUGCUGCGACUCAACAGGACGUCUCCUGACCUGGUGCCCAUGGGUGAAUGGACAGCACGAGUGGUCCAUCUGCUUAAUGAUCAGCAUCUGGGAGUGGUAACAGCAGCCACCAGCCUUAUCACCACUCUGGCCCAGAAAAGUCCUGACGACUUCAAAACGUCCAUCUCACUGGCGGUGGCCAGGCUCAGCAGGAUUGUGACUUCUGCAUCCAUUGACCUACAGGACUACACAUACUACUUUGUUGCUGCGCCAUGGCUGUCUGUCAAAUUGUUGCGCCUGCUACAGUGCUACCCUCCACCUGAGGAUGCAGCACUGCGAAGUCGUCUGACAGAGUGCCUGGAAACCAUCCUCAAUAAAGCCCAGGAGCCACCCAAGUCCAAGAAGGUCCAGCACUCCAAUGCAAAGAAUGCAGUUCUGUUUGAAGCCAUUUCCCUCAUCAUCCACCAUGACAGUGAGCCCACGCUGUUGGUACGAGCCUGCAACCAGUUAGGCCAGUUCCUGCAGCACAGGGAAACCAACCUCCGUUAUCUGGCUUUGGAGAGCAUGUGCACAUUGGCCAGCUCUGAGUUUUCUCAUGAGACUGUAAAGACGCAUAUAGAAACUGUGAUCAACGCUCUAAAGACGGAGCGAGAUGUCAGUGUUCGCCAACGGGCUGUUGAUCUGCUCUAUGCCAUGUGUGACCGCAGCAAUGCCAAGCAGAUUGUGGCAGAGAUGCUGAGCUACCUGGAGACUGCCGACUACUCAAUCAGAGAGGAGAUAGUGCUUAAAGUGGCUAUCCUGGCAGAAAAAUAUGCUGUGGACUACACCUGGUACGUGGAUACCAUCCUCAACCUUAUCCGCAUCGCCGGUGACUAUGUCAGCGAGGAGGUGUGGUAUCGCGUCAUCCAGAUUGUCAUAAAUCGAGAUGAUGUUCAAGGCUAUGCUGCCAAGACCGUCUUUGAGGCACUACAGGCUCCCGCUUGCCAUGAGAACCUGGUUAAGGUGGGGGGUUACAUCCUGGGAGAGUUUGGUAACCUUAUUGCUGGGGACUCACGCUCCAGCCCUCUGGUCCAGUUCAACCUUCUACACUCCAAAUUCCACCUGUGCUCUGUGCCAACUCGGGCGCUGUUGCUGUCUGCCUACAUCAAGUUCAUUAACUUGUUUCCAGAAGUGAAGGCCACGAUCCAAGAUGUCCUGCGCUCAGACAGUCAGCUCCGCAACGCUGACGUGGAGCUUCAGCAGAGAGCUGUCGAGUACCUGAGGCUUAGUUGCAUCGCCAGCACUGACAUACUGGCCACAGUCUUAGAAGAGAUGCCUCCAUUCCCAGAGAGAGAGUCUUCAAUCCUGGCUAAGCUGAAGAAGAAGAAGGGCCCAGGCACUCUGCCUGACAUUGACGAUGCCCGGCGGAAUGUCAACGGCAGCACCGAGCACAACGAGAGCACAGAAGCCACAAAAAAGUCUUCUCCUUCACUGAUGGCAGAGCUUCUCCCUACCAACAGACCUCGCCCUGCCUUUUCUAGUCCCGUCAUGCUCUCUGCUGGUACCAUGGGUUCCACACAGCCCAUCACAGACCUGCUCAAUCUGAACUCCACCCACUCCACCCCUCCAGCAGGUCCCAGUCUGCUGGUUGAUGUCUUUUCUGACAGCUCUGCCCCUGCAUCCACAGAAGUGUCUGAGGAACAUUUUGGCAGGUUUGUUUGUAAGAACAAUGGUGUUAUCUUCGAAAACCAGCUACUGCAGAUUGGACUGAAGUCUGAGUACAGACAGAACCUGGGUCGCAUGUAUGUGUUCUACGGCAACAAGACAUCGACUCAGUUCCUGAGCUUCUCUUCAUCAGUGAGCAGCAACGACACGCUCAAGACUCAGCUGAAUGUCCACGCUAAGACAGUAGACCCCAUAAUUGAAGGUGGAGCUCAGGUCCAGCAGAUCCUCAAUAUUGAGUGUGUGUCAGAUUUCACAGAUGCACCGGAACUCAACAUCCAGUUCAGAUACGGUGGAACUCUUCAGAACAUUGCAGUCAAACUCCCUGUGAUGCUCAACAAGUUUUUUCAGCCCACAGAGAUGACAUCCCAAGACUUCUUCCAGCGCUGGAAACAGCUUGGAGCUCCUCAGCAAGAGGUUCAGAAAAUCUUCAAAGCCAAACACCCAAUGGACACAGAUGUUACCAAGGCCAAGAUCUUAGGCUUUGGUGUAGCUCUGCUCGACGGGGUGGAUCCCAAUCCCAUAAACUUUGUUGGAGCUGGGGUCAUUCACACUAAGAACACUCAGGUGGGCUGCCUUCUCAGACUGGAGCCCAACACACAAGCACAGAUGUACCGUCUCACCCUCCGGACCAGCAGAGACUCAGUGUCUCAAAGACUGUGUGAUCUCCUGUCUGAACAGUUUUAGACUCAACCCAGCACCAGCAUUUUUACAGGCUUUACUCUCCUAGUCUCACUUUAGUUUGGAAUUGAUGCAUUGUACAGUGUAAAUUGUUCUUUUUUUUAUUUUUACUUACUCUACAUGUAAAUGAACUGAAAUGUAUUCUUCACAUGCAGCUUUACUAACACGUCACGGCUUUAAACCUGCCUUGUUCUCUGCAGACAGUCCAGAGGCUCUGAAUGCGUCUCUGCUGUGUUUUCAGCCCCGGAGCUCUGGAACUGUUGUUGCUGCUGGGUACUGCUUUACAAACACUUUGCAGACUUGCUUAGGAAGCAACAGUGAGAUGAGGUUAGAGUAGUAAGCUUACCAGUGAUCUCAGUUAAUGCAGUUGAUCUGAGAGUUUCUAUGACACAUUUCUUCUUGUUGUUGCACAGAACUGGGAAGCUGUCUUGAACUUCUCACCCACUUUGCACUUGUUAAGUAAAGAAAAAAGUAGAUCACAUAAGUAGCUGAAAUAGAUUUAGACAAGAGAAUUUUGACUUUGAUGUCAGAACUCUUACUGUUAUCUCAGGAGGAAAAAGUUAAGCUUUGCUUUGUGGUAUUUGGCUGUUACAAGCUUUGUUCUGUCGUGCGAAUGUUUCAGCUACAUUCUGCAUACAUUUUACACGUAGAAUUCCGACACUCAAUUAAAAUGGCAAAAAAAGAAAAAAAAAUCAAUAAGGAACACUAGGUAGCCAAUGGAUAUCAUUUUUUGAUCCACACAAAUGUGCCUGUAAACCUUUGUUACUCUGUGAAGAACAGAAAGAGCCUUCAAGUAGACAAGAGUCUAAAACACUGCCACACUGCCACACUACUUUCACAUGAAUGCAUUUUUUCACAGAGCACUGCUAAUAUUUCUAUAUUUCAAUAACAUAUGCUGUAUUUGCCGUUUUAUAUCAUGUAUUUUUAUUGUAGUCCUUGGUGACAUAUUGAUGCUCAGCACGAAGACUGGCUGAAGUGAAAAAAGAAAUCCUCCGACAGCCACCUCUAAAGCGGUGUGAAACUCCAGGAAGUGACUGUGCCCAGCCAAGAGAUGGUUCCAGCCGUCUCCUGGCCGUAGCUUCAUGUCUAACAGACAGAUCUGAGCGUGAUGUUGUGAGUGAUACCAUUUGUACGAAAAGGUCAAAUAUUCUUACAAGAAGUGAUUGAAAUGAGCAAGAAAAGAAGAAUAAAUCUUUACAUUGUGUAAAA